UGAUUCUGUACGGCAUUUGUUUUUUUAGAAUAUAAAACUGAAGUUUAUUUUUCAAAUCUUCUUUACCAAAUCCCUGGAUGUCUGAAAAACGUCAGUAGCUAGUUUACAAGUAUCCAUUUUGCCUUGCCGUCGGUGAUUUUUGAGGGAGUUUUAAAGCUGAGCUGAAAUGUUUGAACUGUGGAACACUCUUGACCAUGAAAUAUGUUCUACUUACAUGCCUCAGCCUUUAGAAGUUCUUUGCAUUAGAGUCAGGGAUUACAUUCUUCCUGGAGCCAAGCUUGAGUCCAGCUGUGUAAAAUCAACUCUCAUUUCUCCUUGGGGAGGUUGAUAGAAGUUUAAAAGGUUUGUUGUGGCGAGUGUCAAAAACAUUCUCAGCUCUAUCACCAAGACUUCCCUUCCACUUCAACCCACUGGAGACCACUUAGAUAACCAACCGGACACGACAGCUGAAUUCAGGAAACCAUGCAUCGUAUCAGCAGGAGCCAACUGCAGACCUUAAACUCUGUUCAACAUGUGGAUACAGCAGAGAAAUGACCUGUCCAGACAAGCCAGGGCAGCUCAUAAACUGGUUCAUCUGCUCCUUGUGCGUCCCGAGGGCGCGUAAACUCUGGAGCAGCCGGCGUCCCAGGACCCGGAGGAACCUUCUGCUGGGCACUGCCUGUGCCAUCUACCUGGGCUUUCUGGUUAGCCAGGUGGGGCGGACCUCAAUCCAGCACGGACAAGCAGCCGACAAGAGGCCACCCCGCAACCGCGACUCUGCAGAGGCAUCCUUUCCUGAGAUCCCCUUGGAUGGCACCCUGGCUCCUCCUGAGUCCCAGGGCAAUGGGACCACUUUGCAGCCCAACGUGGUGUACAUUACCCUACGCUCCAAGCGCAGCAAGCCUGCCAAUAUCCGUGGGACUGUGAAACCCAAGCGCAGGAAGAAAUAUGCAGUUGCAUCUGGUAUCCCUGGUCAGCAAGCAUUGGUUGGACCGUCCUUUCAGACACAGGACGCUGCAAGGGCAGCUGAUGCUGAAGUGCUUGGGUAUGCUCAGGGAGGAAACCUGGCCAAGAUUGGAGAACCAUCCUGGAGGCUGGUGCGGGGCCCUGGAGUCCGAGUUGGGGUCUUAGACUUCCAGUUGCCCAAGGCCAGAGAGAGCAACAUCAGGAUCUACAGCGAGAGCGCCCCCUCGUGGCUGAGCAGAGAAGACAUCCGCAGAAUGCGCCUGUUGGCAGAUGGUGCGGUGGCGGGCGUCCAGCCUGUGUCCUCAAGGAGUGGUGCCCGCCUGCUGGUGCUGGAGGAGAGCACAGCUGGCUCAUUGCCUCGCUGUGGCUCUAGCCCCUGUGGUUUGCUCAAGCAGCCAUUGGACAUGAGUGAGGUGUUUGCCUUCCACCUGGAUAGGAUCUUGGGGCUCAACAGGACCCUGCCGUCUGUGAGCAGGAAAUCAGAGUUCAUCCGAGAUGGCCGUCCAUGUCCUAUCACUCUCUGGGACUCAUCUUUAUCUCCAGCAAGUAAUGAUACCCAUUCUUCAGUCAAGCUCACCUGGGGAACUUAUCAGCAGUUGCUGAAACAGAAAUGCUGGCUGAAUGGCCGGGUACCCAAACCUGAAUGGGGCUGCACUGAAAUCCAUCACCAUGAGUGGUCUAAGAUGGCGCUCUUUGAUUUUUUGCUACAGAUUUAUAAUCGCUUAGAUACAAAUUGUUGUGGAUUCAGACCACGCAAGGAAGAUGCCUGUGUACAGAAUGGAUUGAGGCCAAAUUGUGAUGACCAAAAUUCUGCGACUCUAGCACACAUUAUCCAGCGAAAGCAUGACCCGAGGCAUUUGGUCUUUAUAGACAAUAAGGGUUUCUUCGACAGAAGUGAAGAUAACUUAAACUUCAAAUUGUUAGAAGGCAUCAAAGAGUUUCCAGAAUCUGCAGUUUCUGUUCUGAAGAGCCAGCAUUUACGGCAGAAACUCCUUCAGUCUCUGUUUCUUGAUAAGGUUUACUGGGAAAGUCAAGGUGGUAGACAAGGAAUCGAAAAGCUUAUUGAUGUAAUAGAACAGAGAGCCAAAAUUCUUAUCACUUACAUCAAUGCACAUGGGGUCAAAGUGCUACCUAUGAAUGAAUGACAAAAGGGUCUUCUGUGUACACUGCUGGAUAUGCUUAUGCAUUUUUGUUUGUUUUGAAAUCAAGUACAUCAACCUCAAGUCCUCCUAGGAAUGAGACAGUAUAUCUGAAUAUAAAAACAUAAAAUUAAUUUAACCUGAGCACUAUAUGCAGACGUUAAAAUGGUUUAAAAAUGCAUACAGCUCAAAAGUAUUCAUUUAUAUUUUUGCCUAACAUGGCAUGUGUAUCUCAACAUCUGGCUAUGGGAGAGUUCUAAUUAUUAUUCCAACUAAUUUGGAAAAGCAUUUGUCAUGUCACUUAACAGAGCAGUAUAAACCAGAAAUACUGACUCCUUUUAUAAAAUAUAUUUUAUGCCGUUUGACUUAUCUGACCAACUACGAAUGGGAAUGGUUCUUGAGGUUAUUCUGUCUCUGAUAGAUGACAAUCCUGGCACUGCCCAGAGGCAAUUCUACAUUGGGAAACUGAAGCACAUGAUCUGUGAAAGCAGAGGAGGCUCUAAAUGUAUUCUAAAUAGAAUUGAUGGAUGAAUUCCAAAACUACCAGUAUAUUUUCUAUAGUAUCUAAAUAAUCAGCCAUCAUUGAGAAGUAAGAAUAACAUUCAGUUGUUUUUUUUUUAAAAACUUACUUUGUUGUCAGUAUGGAAACAUCCAUAUCUGACAGUGUUAUAUGUUGGUUAGCUUUGCUUUCUCAGUUUUGACCCAAUUUAUGUUUAGUGUUUUAGAAAUUAAACAAUUCUAAAGUCUGAUGUUACCUAUUUGAAAAUACACUUAGUAUUUUUUCAAUGAAUACUUUAAAAAACUUUGUCAUUUUACCAAGAAUAUAAUUACUGUAUGUUUUAUUAAUAAUAAUGGUUUUGUUCUAUGUAAUUAUAUUUAAUCAGAUUUAAUUGAUUUUGCCCAGAUAGUGACAAUAGGUCUAAAAACAGAGUGAGUUUAAAUUUAUUGUCUAUUUUAUUUCAAUAUGAGAAGUACAAGCAAAAUAAAUUAAAACUUUACUCUGAUCAGUUCUUCUCAAUGAGAACACAUAACCACAACUAAAACAAUGAACUUGGACAAUGUUAACCCACAAAUAAUUACCCCAAACUUCCUCUGUGAACUCUGUAAUGAGUUUGGAAGGACUUUGACAUAAUUGUAUCCAUCUGUUGGGUCUUCAUGUUCCUGGAAGUUACCCAAGAUCAUCUUGUAUCAUAGGUACUCAUAAAGAGGCUUCAAAUCUAGAACAAAUCAUUAUUUCCCUCCCACUCUCCCCAUCCUUCUCCUUACAUAAAAAUUGAUUUACUGACUCGGAUAUAGUUCAGUGGUACAGCCCUUGCCUUGGGUUCUAUCCCACAAUGUCAAAAACAAACAAACAAACAAACAAAAUCAGAAAACAAAGCCAAAAAAA